UUUAAGUUUCCAGCACAAUUUCGGCUUUAUUUGGAGGAGUCUAAUGUUACAGCAACCAGUGGUUAGAGAGCUGCGCUCAUUCAAAUCCCUUUCUAAAUUCAACCAGAAACGGAGUGGUAGUACGUCAAGGCGGAAAUCUUUAGCAGUUCGGAAGCAAUCAACACGAAGACAAAGAAAUGUUGACUUUUCAGAUGAGGAACAGAGUGAACAUCCAUGCAGUAGCCAUAGUAGGUGUAACACUAUUUCUUCAAGCACAAUGCGUCCAAGAAGACCAACUUUCCCUGAUUGGGUGGAAAUGGAGGAAGAGGAAGACCAAUUGAGUGAAAAGAAACUGGAAGAAUCAGAGGAAAAAAUACUGGAGGAUGAAACUGGUGAUGAAGAAGAUGAGAGCAAUGAAGAAUUACCCUUUCCAGGGUACGAGCCAGUUUCUCUAGGUUUUCUCCAUCAAAAUCAAAAACUUCGGUAUUUGUCAUUGUGUUUAGUGAAUAAUCUUUGGUUUGAUCGUGUAACUAUGGUUGUGAUCUUUAUUAAUUGCAUCACACUUGGAAUGUAUAGGCCUUGUGAAGAUGGCCCUGAAUGUGAAACAUAUCGUUGUUGGCUCCUUUCACUUAUUGACCACACAAUUUUCGCUUAUUUUGCUGCUGAAAUGGCAAUUAAAAUUGUAGCCUUUGGCUUUUGGGGCGAAACUGCUUAUCUAGGUGAUGGUUGGAAUCGUCUUGAUUUUUUUAUUGUGCUUGCUGGUGUUGCUGAAUAUUUGUUAUCGAAAUAUUUGGGCAAUUUAAAUCUGACAGCAAUACGUACGAUUAGAGUUCUCAGACCUCUCAGGGCAGUGAAUAGAAUUCCUUCACUACGUAUUCUUGUAAAUCUCUUACUCGACACUCUACCCAUGUUAGGAAAUGUUCUUUUACUGUGCUUUUUUGUUUUCUUUAUUUUUGGAAUUAUCGGAGUUCAGCUUUGGGCAGGUCUUCUGCGAAACCGUUGCGUAAUUGAAUUACCUUCAAGUGACUAUUUGUCUUUAAAGAAUUUUUCAUUUCCUGUUGAUAUAUCUUUGAGCAGGUAUUACAUCCCUCAGGAUACGUCUUUAGAUUAUAUUUGCUCACAACCUGAUUCUUCUGGUCUCCAUUCUUGUGAAAAUUUACCUCAAUACAAAAGUGAUGGUAAAAAGUGCAAUCUCAGCCUUUUUGAUUACAAUAAUGAAGAGAAUGAUAGUUGUAUUAAUUGGAAUAAUUAUUACUCAAAAUGUCAGGGCUCUGUAUCUUUCGACAAUAUUGGAUUUGCUUGGGUAGCAAUAUUUUUGGUUAUUUCAUUAGAGGGAUGGACAGACAUAAUGUAUUAUGUGCAAGAUGCUCAUUCAUUUUGGAAUUGGAUUUAUUUUGUUCUUUUAAUUGUGUGCCUUGUUGUUAUUGCUACUCAAUUUGCAGAAACAAAAAGACGAGAAACUCAACGAAUGUUGGAAGAAAGGAAAUGUAUAAAUAAUGAUUCAUUAUUAGCGAGUGAAUUUGGCUCUAUCUCACAAUCUGGGCUUCGAGAUAAUGCUGAAGGUGACAGCGUUUAUGGGGCCUUUGUUCGUGUAAUUCGACGUACAUUUCAAAGAGCACGGCGUUUGCUAAUUAGAACUUUAAGAGAAUUUCGUAAAAAACAAAAGAAGACAAAACACGAAGAUGAACGUGAAAGGGGAGACGAAAAUUUAGUUGACGGUGUUGAUGAAAAAGUGACAGAUGAAGUUAAGGAGGGAAACAUACAAAAGGAAAAAUUAAAUGGAAAAAUCAGUUCAAUAGAUAUAAAAUUAGAUGAUAACAACAACAAAGAACAUUCACGACGUCGAAAAAGCAGGCGAAACACUGAAGUGAAUCCAAGCCCUUGGAGAGAUUUUAAGUUAAGAAUUCGAAGCUUUGUUUGUUGUGAUCAUUUUACUCGUGGUAUUCUUAUAGCUAUUCUUGUAAAUACACUUUCAAUGGGUGUUGAAUAUCACCAACAACCUGAAAUAUUAACUACACUUCUUGAAUACAGCAAUCUUUUCUUUACUGCACUUUUUGCUUUGGAAAUGUUACUUAAAAUUGUUGCUUAUGGACUGUUUGGUUAUAUACAAGAUGGUUUUAAUCUUUUUGAUGGAGGAAUUGUUGCUCUUAGUGUGUUAGAAUUAUUUCAAGAAGGAAAGGGUGGUUUAUCUGUUCUAAGAACCUUUCGUCUUUUGCGUAUAUUGAAGCUUGUCCGAUUUAUGCCAGCUUUGCGUUAUCAACUUGUUGUUAUGCUUCGAACAAUGGAUAAUGUGACUGUAUUUUUUGGUUUGCUUCUUCUUUUCAUCUUCAUUUUCAGGCAAUUUAAUAAUUAAAAAUAGUUGUUUAACUCUUAUAAAUCCUCUAAAAACUUACCUACUACUAAUUUUUUGUAAUCUCCCCACUUCCAUCUACUAAUUUUUUGCCCAGAUUUAUCAUUACAAUAUCUAUUUAACAAUUUCUAACCAUUUAAACCCACACUUACAUACAUAUUUCCCAUCCGAAUUAUUAAUUUCACAUAUCCUUUAUCCAUCCU